AUGGAGAUCCUGCCGGUCACGAAUCAGUUUGUCGGAUUCAAUAGCGAAAAAGCUUGGAAUGGGCCUACAUGGCGGGAAGCGCCGGUCCCGGUGCCGACGGAAGCGGCGCUGGCUCAGAGGCUCGAGAGAGAAUUACGAGCAGCCAAGGCGGCCAGCGAAUUGGCCACCGCCGAGGUCUUAGUCCCAGCUGAAUUACUCGCCAGGGCAUCGAGACAAACUCUCGCGCUGGCCGAGGGAGAGCCUUACGGGUCUCGGGGUACGGCCGUCAUCGUCGACGUCGCGGGCAGAAGAUUAGCAGCUUUCAAAAUAGACCCCAACACAUUAACCACACACGAAAUACAUUUACAUCUGGAACACGACGCCACGAACUGGACCAGCCUGUUGCCGCAAUUCUUAAAAAACUUAACGCGAGGCGGCACCAUCAUCAUCAGCCCACAGUUCACGAUAGAAAAGAAAAAAUUGUUCAGGAGCCAGGCCGAAUGA